AGAAGGAGCAACAAAGAAAAUAAACGCAAACAAGAAGCCGGUUUUAGUUAAAAAUUGUAGAGUUGGUUGCACUUAAAGAAAACAAAGAUUCAUGCUUUUUGUUCCAUGUUUCUGUUAGUUUCGAAGGUGAUGGUAAUGGAGUGUGUUGGAGCUCGGAACUUCGCCGCAAUUGCAGUUCCUACGUGUGCCUUGUGGAGGAGAAGCCUGACGAGGACUAAAAUAGCGUUUCCGACUCAUCAUCGGUCUAUUUCCCUUAAGGUGAGAGCUAUUGGAGCCAGCAGCGAGAGCUGCGUUGCGUUCAAGGAAGACUUCGCCGACGAAGAAGAUCUCAUAAAGGCCGGUGGCUCUGAGCUUCUCUUCGUUCAAAUGCAACAGAAUAAGGAAAUGGAUAAACAAUCCAAAUUAGCGGAUAAGUUACCGCCUAUAUCAAUUGGAGAGAACGUGCUGGACCUUGUGGUCAUUGGUUGUGGUCCAGCCGGUCUUGCUCUUGCUGCUGAGUCGGCUAAGUUGGGUUUAAAUGUUGGACUAAUUGGCCCUGAUCUUCCUUUCACCAACAAUUAUGGGGUCUGGGAAGAUGAGUUUAAAGAUCUUGGACUUGAAAGAUGUAUUGAGCAUGUUUGGCGGGAUACCAUUGUAUACCUUGAUGAUGAUAAGCCUAUUAUGAUCGGUCGUGCUUACGGACGCGUUAGUCGACACUUGCUUCACGAGGAGUUGUUGAGGAGGUGUGUUGAGUCAGGUGUAAUGUAUCUUAACUCAAAAGUAGAGACAAUUGUUGAAGCUACCGAUGGUCAUAAUCUCGUGGCUUGUGAACACAAUCGUGUUGUUCCAUGCAGGCUUGUUACUGUUGCUUCAGGAGCAGCUUCAGGUAAAUUGUUGCAAUACAAGGUAGGGGGUCCGAGAGUCUCCGUUCAAACAGCUUAUGGCAUCGAGGUUGAGGUGGAGAACAAUCCUUAUGAUCCCAGCCUGAUGGUUUUCAUGGAUUAUAGAGACUAUGCUAAACAAGAAGUUCCAGCUUUAGAAGCACAAUAUCCGACAUUUCUUUAUGCCAUGCCCAUGUCUUCAACGAGAGUUUUCUUUGAGGAAACCUGUUUGGCUUCAAAAGAUGCCAUGCCUUUUGAUUUAUUAAAGAAGAAGCUCAUAUCAAGGUUAGAGACCAUGGGAAUCCGGAUUUUAAAAGUUUAUGAAGAGGAGUGGUCUUACAUCCCAGUUGGCGGUUCCUUACCGAACACAGAGCAGAAGAACCUUGCAUUUGGUGCUGCUGCAAGCAUGGUGCAUCCUGCUACUGGCUAUUCGGUUGUCAGAUCAUUAUCAGAGGCUCCAAAUUAUGCUUCUGUAAUUGCAAAUAUCCUAAAGAAGGAUUCUAAUGGCUUGCAUACCAGUGCAAGAAACAAUGGGAACAUCUCAAUGCAAGCUUGGAAUACUCUUUGGCCACUAGAAAGGAAACGUCAGAGGUCCUUCUUUCUCUUUGGACUAGCACUCAUACUGCAACUAGACAUCGAAGGCAUUCGAACGUUCUUCCAUACAUUCUUCCGUUUGCCGAGUUGGAUGUGGCAAGGAUUUCUUGGUUCUACUCUUUCCUCUGCCGAUCUCGUCCUGUUCGCGUUUUAUAUGUUCGUCAUAGCGCCUAACGAUAUGAGAAUGUCCCUUGUGAAGCACUUGAUGUCGGAUCCAACAGGAGCAACUAUGAUAAGAACAUAUCUCACUAUAUAGUACCUUUUGUAUUACUUACCUCGUUUUGAUUGUGCUUUUCAGUUGCUAUUCCUAGCUAAUCCACCAUGAAAAUAAAUAGGCAUUGUAUAUUAUUCAUACUUCUGCAUGAGUAUCUUCUUUGGUUAAAAUACAAUGCACAUUUUUGUUC